AUGGCUACACCCCGUGCAGAUACGAAGCUGGAGAAGACCCGUGCGAGUGCUCCGCCAUAUGGCGCUCCUCCACUCAAGCGCCCACGUCACCAAACAACUGCAGCAACUAGGACAACAGCAAUGCCGGCAGAAGGUCCUGCUCCUCGGUGCCCUAUCCGCCGCGUCUUGGACGUGGCUCCGCUGCUGCCUCGACUCGUGGCGAUGCUGGACGUGGCUUCAGUAGCCAAUUUCCUGGAGGUGCUGGCAGUGGAUGAGACGUGGCGCGACGUCUUGACGUUUGACGCGCUUUGGAAGGAGCUGCUGCGGCUGCGAUUUGCAGGGAACGUGCCGGUUGGGGAGAUCUGUGGGGACGACGACCACGAGGAUGAGGAUGAAGGAGAGGAAGAGGGAGAGGGAGGAGAAGAAGGACGUGGUGGUGACGAUGGAGACAGGGAUGACCUUGCGGUGCUGAUGGAGGGCGACGUGGAGACGGGAGACGAUGAUGACUCUUUAGGGGGAGAACAUGUUGAGGUGGAUCUGGAAGAAAAUGAGGGACUUGGCUCUGGAUCUUGUGGUGAUGCACCUGGAAGUGGUGCAUCAUCGGGUCAGGGCUCGGAAAAAGAUACAGGAGCUGCUGGAAAGAAGACGGAUCAGAUGGUGGUGAACACGUGGGUGGAGAACGUGCCGAGUCCGACGGUUUUGGCGGUUGCUUGUGCGGAUUUGAAAGAGUUUUUACGCUCGGCGGAGCAAGUUGUGCAGUUUGACGAACGUGUGCGGAUUGUAAGGGGAGAUAUUGGAGAGGUUACAGUGGUCGAAGGGCAAGUACUGGACGGUCUAGCGUUCCCGACUGCGGCGUUUUUGAGAAACCCUCAUUCAGGUGCAGCAGCUGCAGUGUUUCGACGAGCAGGAAAAGGGCUGAGUGACCACGUUCGUACACUGGAUGUCCGACUUGACGUUGGACAAGUGCAUGUGACGCCGGGGUUUGAUGCUAGUGUGGCCAAGCUUAUUCACGUUGUGGGUCCGAGUGGAUUCAAUCCACAAUGUUUCAGAGAUUUACAACGAACGUAUUGGAGUGUGCUACGAUGCAUUCAGACUGAAAACCUGAGCUGUGUGGCCAUGGCCUCCAUUUCCACCGGCAAUAUGGGCAUGCCAAUCGACAAAUCAGCGUGGUUUGCUUUAUGCGCUAUUCAGCACUAUAUGCGGUCCACAAACUGGACAGCGACGAUCGCCAUUGUGUGCUUCGAAGCGGACGUGUGUGCUGCUUUCAUGCGAAACAAAGCCAAGAUUUUAUCGCAAUUUAACGCAGAUGACAUCCGUGCUACUCCCCCGCUUUGGAACCAGUAA